AUGCAGAUCUUCAAGAUUGUUCAGGUCCUGGGCCUGCUCGCCGUCGGCACUUCUGCCCUCCCCGCCCCGGCCAACCCCGCCGCUGUCCAGCCCGCCCAGGGUGGCCAGCUUGCGGUCCACGGCCAGCCCGCCUCUUGCCCACCGGAGUGCCGCGAUGUCCAGGGCGCCAAGCCAGGCCACCUCCAAGCACGCUCCCGAUUCUACGCGACUUCCGACACUGGACGGCCGCUUGCCAAUUCCGGCUAUCCCACUCACGGAUACAGGGAUGCUUAUAGGUGUCUGUACUGCGGCGCGGUGAGGGACGAUGUGAGCGCCGUCCAGGAUCACAUCACGUACAGGCACUCAAACAGGGGCGGCGAUACAAGCAACUAUGACACGACCACAGUUCGUGAUGAUCGCUAA